UCUCGAGACCUCGAGCCGAGUGCGUCGACGCUGUGUGGGCGCGCGCUCGAUCCGUGCACGUCGCCACGCGAGCAGCCAGCUGGGAGAGAGCGGCGGCGCAUGGCCGGCUAGCGCGCCGGCUGCGAUGCUGGCAGGGCCCCCCUCCGCUGGCGGAGGCCUGCAGACGCCGAUGCACCACUUCCAGGCGCAGCAGCAGCAGCAGCACUCGCCGCCGCCGGCGCCCCCGCCGCCGGCCGUCAGCGUCGGGGCGGCGACGACGACGGUGGCGUCGGCCGCCCCCGGGGGCGGCGUCGGCGUCGGCGUGACGGCGGCGCCCAGCAUGAGUCCGCUGCUGCCCAGUUUCGGCUUCACGCAGGAGCAGGUGGCGUGCGUGUGCGAGGUGCUGCAGCAGUCGGGCAACAUCGAGCGCCUCGGCCGCUUCCUCUGGUCGCUGCCGGCCUGCGACAAGCUGCACAAGCACGAGAGCGUGCUCAAGGCCAAGGCCAUCGUCGCCUUCCACCGCGGCAACUUCAAGGAGCUGUACCGCAUUCUCGAGUCGCACCAGUUCUCGCCGCACAACCACCCCAAGCUGCAGGCGCUCUGGCUGAAGGCGCACUACGUAGAGGCGGAGAAGCUGCGCGGCCGGCCCCUGGGCGCCGUCGGCAAGUACCGCGUGCGCCGCAAGUUCCCGCUGCCGCGCACCAUCUGGGACGGCGAGGAGACGAGCUACUGCUUCAAGGAGAAGUCCCGUUCCGUGCUGCGCGAGUGGUACACGCACAACCCGUACCCCAGCCCGCGCGAGAAGCGCGAGCUCGCCGAGGCCACGGGCCUCACCACCACGCAGGUCUCCAACUGGUUCAAGAACCGCCGGCAGCGCGACCGCGCCGCCGAGCAGAAGGACGGGUCCGGACGGUCUGGAGGUGAAGGCGACAAGGCGGGGGCGGCAGGCCCCAGCUCGGCGCUGGACUCCAGCUCGGAGUCUGCAGACGGCGACCACAAGCCGCCCGCGGGGCUGGACCAGCAGCAGCAGCAGCCGCCCGGCAUUCCCACGCAGGAGACGGCGCACCACGGCGCGGAGCUGUACCCGAGCGCCGCAGCGAGCGGGGGUGGAAGCGGCGGCGGCGCGGGGGCGGUGGACCUGAAGCCGUCGGUGGCGAGCCUGCAGGCGACCGUCAUGUCGAACGCGACGCUGGCCGCCGCGGCCGCCGCCUCCGCCUACCAGUCGCAGCUGCUGCCGCCGGCGUGCCCGCAGCCCGCCGUCGGCGUGGGCGUCGGCGUGGGGGUGGGCGUGGGCGGCGCGCACCUACACCACCACCACCACGCGGCGCCGCCCGCCGCCGCCGACGCCCUCAUCCACGACUACCACUCCUUGUGACAGUGGGCCGCUGGCUACGGGUACGGGCAGUGACCCUAGCCAGCGCGCUCGCAGGGCCCGCGCGCGGCCCGCGACGCUUCCCAGCAUGCAGCGCGACGCCGCCUCCUGCCGCCGCCGCACCCGCCCUCUGCCGCGACGCCGCACCCCUUACUGCCCCGAGACACCUCGCCGCCGUGGUGAAGCAAUUCCUCCGCGCUCGACGGUGGACAUUUCUUCCGAGCUGAAUGGAGUACUGUGCCCAACAAGACACUUUGCGGCACGUAAUUUUCCGCAACAGCAUCUCUUAGCACGUCGGUUCGCUACAUCUCAUCGGAUUGUAGGUAUUCAACAGUAUCGCCGUCAAAAUUUCGUCGUCUGAAGGAAAUAUUUGGUGCUUAACGGACAACACUCAACAGCAUCGCAGUGACUGAUGUAGUGACACCGGUAGCACGACAAAAGGGAGCUCAGUGUUCCAACAAUGAUAGUGUGCGGACUCUUCUGUAGAGGGCAGUGCAGAUGGCGGUACGAUGCAGAGAAAGACUUGAGACUUCCAUUAAGUAUGCCGGUGAUAUAUCUUUCGCACUCAGCAGUGACAUUAACAAUGUAUUGCUGUAUCUACAAGAUGACUUUGAGUUAUUUGAAUCGACAUUUGUAGACGCACGCACGAUAUUCCCUCGAAGGGCUCUAGAAUUUACGUAUUCGCACAUUCUUCCCAAUGUUGUAUUAUUUCUAAGAUAAUAACCCCUAUGAUGAUAUCUGCUUAGUUUCAAAGUGUAUGACAAUACGCGAAUGAGACAUUCGUCUCCCUGACAGCAUUCCUUAAAGAGAGGAAACCCUUUCAUGGGAGAAAAUUCCGUUAAAAUUGUGCAAAUUUCUGCCCUCUGGCAUUUUAUCACCACCGUGAUCACAAAACAUGCAUUUUUGUACCCCUGUAGCACAUUAGUAGGGCCACAAUUCAGUACUUCUCUCAGACACGCACAGUUCAGCUACUGACGUACAACAGAGUCAUGAAAACGAAAAACGCUUCUCGGAGGAAAUCUGACACGAAAUUUGUAACAUAUUUUAUUAUUGUUUUUACUUCUUUGACAGUUUUUGACUUCUUCAAUACUGACACAACAAGAGACGAGUGUGGAGCAGAUAUUUCCGCUGAAAGACAGUGCAAACGCAUGAAACGAAUGUGCACAAAGAGGGCAGCAUUAAGCACUUUUCACGGCCUACUCUGUCAUUUUGCACUUUCCUCGGUGUAAUUUAUUAUAUUAGAAGUCGCAAGAAGUGCUUCAAAACCAAAUUUUUUUAAAAAAGUUCUGUAUAAGUGAUGAAUUCACAUUUGUUGUGACUUCGGAAGUUCGUCAAGCUUACGUAAUAAGAAGCAGACACUUUUGGAUUUCUACGUUGAGAAUCAAUUUACGAAUUCCAAUUCUCACUUUGCUUUCCUGGACGGUAAUAUGAAGGGCAGAAGAAUCAUGUGCCUUCAGGCAGUGCAUUAAAUGUUUCUUCACAGACUAGGAAGUAUUCUCGCCAAUUCUCAUAGCCUGUAUGUGACUACAGCGUACGUCAAGCGCACGCUAGUAAGGGUUACUUGAUCAACACCUAAGAUAUCCUGUCACUGUGCAUAGUAAUUGCAGUAGCCUUCUUUGUAGCAAGAACACAUUCACAUUAUAAUCCGGUUAAUCUUUCAGUACCGCUUAACAGUAAUUAUUAUUGUGACUGUGUGAAAAUGUCUGUAAAAAUACAGCGUUUCGUUGGCGCAAAAUGGGCACAAGAACUGAUGAUGUAUCUUAUGUGACGCUGGCUUACGAUGGGAUGGAAGGGCUGUUCCACCUGCAAACGUGUGCGCCUGAGACGAUGCUAUGACGUCGUCGUAGGUAUGCGACAGAGGGAGUUGCCACGCCAGCCGGCCUGGACCGUGGCAACCCAUUUCGGAACCAUCCCAGCGGCUGCAAGUCCAGACCGUCGCCCUUUGUGCUCUGCCUUGUGUGUACAUACUUACCUGCGGCCCCUGUGUAUAUAUAAGUUAUGAUGGACAGUGUGUUGUACAUAUAAGAUUUAGCGAUGUAGUUCUUGUGAAACAGUAGUCCUCUUCCACUAGGCAGCAUACAUUUCCGAUAACAUGGGCUAACGUAUAAUACGUGCGCGGCUCUAAGCUUAAACACAACUGUGAAUGCGUAUGUUAAGUACAUAUGAGCAAUUAUUGUGUCUUACGUUGGUCUGGUCCAUCGUCUCCAUCGUCCCUAUGUAAGUUACGUGUGUAACCGCUUCGGAAGUACAAUUACUAUUUGCACAAAAACAAUGUUACUUAUUUAUACUAAUAAUAUGAGCGAAAGUUUUUUAUAUAGUUUAUAUGGUCCCUUAAUUUAGAAAAACGAAACAUGCAGUAAAAAUGGAAAUGUUUUUGAAAAGAUCGGUGAAAUUCUCUUAUUUAGCUACCGUAUAGCACUGUCCAGUGGCAACAAUAAAAGCCCACUUUAUUGUGCCACAAGAAUUCUAGAUGCGUGAAACCGUGAUUAUUUGUUAUUGAACAGAACGCGAGUCUAAUUCAGAUCUCUGUCAAUUUCAAGCACUGGUCUUGCAGUGCAGCUCUCUGCACGCUCCAUCUUCAGCUUUUCUCAAAUCUCUGUUCGUCUUCCAAAUUCUUCUCACGAAAUACUGUUAACACUCGGUGGCCGAAAAGAUUUGCCUGAGAGACUGGCAUUUCCAAAGCCCAGGUUUUACUUAAAAAAUGAUAUUUGUCGCUCUUUACUAGAGUGCUCAGCAGUUUGAUACUUACCUCGUAACACGGCUGAUCAGUUCAUCUCGCGUUCGGGAACGGCCAAGAAUUCGGUUGGACCUCUGCUGCGACACUCAAUCGUACAUCAGCCAAGCGACAAUUCUAUUGAACUAGGAGACGCUUUCUUUAUCAUAGCUAGUGUUUAUUAGUGGGAUGUCAAAUCACUACUACUGUAUUACUACAUGGCUCAAGAUCUCUACACGGUGAUUGCCCUGCAUACCAUCACAACCCCUCCCCAUUUGAAUUUACGUGCUAAUUUACAUUCUAAAAUUUCCUCAAACGGCACUACUAUCCAUCCUAAUGUACCGUUCUCAUCGAGGAAGGCUAUGAAGGCUACCCGCUGCCUCGACAACAUGUUCCUGCCUCUGUCGAUGUACUUUAUCCAUUUUUUAGACUUCUAUAAUACCCAUCUGGUUUAGGUAGUUGGCCCCCUCCCCUCAAUAAACGCCCCUCUGCCAAGAGAUAUCUUAGCCACAUGAAGUUGAGAGAAGAGGUAACAAAGUUUACCGUUAUCAGCAUUGUCUCGUUAAAAGGAUUAGGUGUUGUAGUCACCUGUUCCGACCUCUAUCAUCGACCCAUCCAUCUCUUACGAGGUCUAUCUAGUUCUCUCUUUCCAGUCAGCUGACAAUUAAUUAUCGUUUUUACAGUCUGUUUUCUGUCACUCUAUCAAAGUGUUCCUCCCUUUUUAUUCUGUUCUCUUCUGCCUUGUCAUUAACUGAAAAGAGUUUUAAACCUGAUCUUAUUGUUUCAUUCCUUAUUUUAUCCAUUUUAUUACUCACCUCAUGAACUUCAUUUCUGCUGCUUUUAUACGUGAUUUUUCUUGUUUUGUUACUGUCCAUGACACGAAACUAUGUACUAGACUAUGUACAGCCAUGAAUUUAUAAAAUUUCGCUUGUUUUUGCUUUCUUAUUUUUCUUUCCGAAAUUCUUCCAAUUGUUCAGCAGAUAAUUUGAUAUUUGUUAACCUUCUCUUCAUAGUCGUUGUCAUAGUUAAAACUAUUAUCAAAUCCUAGAUAACUGAAGGGGGAUAAUUGUUCCAAAAUUUUCUCACUUAUUAUUAUUUUCGGUCUAACUGCAUUCUUUCCUUUGAACGCCGUUAUCGUUGUCUUAUUUGUAGAUAUAAUUAAGUUGUAAUAUAUCGCGUUUUAGCUCGACCUAUGUUCUGCUCUUCGUAAAUUCUCUUCAGUUUCCUAUACAAUUGUUUGGUAAUCUCCAUAUGACAGAGUACUUAGUGGUACCUAGAUCCUAUUUAAGUCCUAGCUGUAUUUCAUCUUUCCACUUCGUAACUAUGUCAUAAAUAUAUAAAUUAAAUAAACUGAUUGAUAGACAGAUCUCUGUCGAACACAUUGAUUUACUGAAAUUUCAUCUUGAAUUUUCAAACCUGAACUUAUAACUAUUUUUGUGUUGACAUGUGGACUCUUUAUGAUAUUAAAAAGGUGUUUAUGAAAACCUUUUAUUUCCAUCAUUUUCAACAAAAGGGGUCUUUUUACCUUACCACAGGCUUUCUGAUAACGAAGAAAUGCUAAAUGCCUUUCUAAGCCCGAAUUCGCUACGUUUUUCAAUAACUCGUCUUGUUAUAAAUACACCAUCAUUGCACAAAGGUCCCUUUCUGAAGCCUCAUUGUUCUCCUUCAAUUACUGCAUCAUCGGUAGUUUGCAACCCUUAAUUAAGAAUUUUCCCAUAAAAGUUAUGUCCAGUGUUUAGUAAAAUAAUGCGUCCAUAAAUUCGUGUGUCUUACCUAUUGCCUUUUUUAAAUGUAGAUUUAGUUUCAGCUGGGUUCAAUUCUUCAGGAGUGGAACCAUUCUUCCAACACAUAUUUUAAAAUGAAGGAAACAGAAUUCUAAAAUGAUUCCUCCGCGUUUAAUUAAUUCGAUAUUAAUGUCAUCAGGGUCAAUAGAUUUUUCUAUUUCUUUCUAUAUUUAAUGAUGCUUUUAACUCUUUUUUGCGCCUAUUUGAUCCACAGAAUUAUUAUCAAUUUUUAUAAAAUAACUUCCUUCAUCGUCUUCAUCGCACCGUAAAUUUCUGUACUGGCUUAUCCGUUGAUUUUCUGUUAUUAUAUUAACGUUUUCAGUUUCUUUCUCCGUGUUAUUCAUAUGCUUCAUGUUCUGUGCUUUGUGAAUGUCAUGUUCAAAUGAAGCUUUCCCAGGAUUCAUUAUGGUUCGUUUUUAUAAAUUCUUUGUUUAUUUCUUUUACGUUUAUUUCAUAGGCUUCAUUUGUUUGUGUUUGCAAAUAGGCGUAGGGAAAGACUAACUUUGUAACCAUCUUAAUCUCGCCAUGAUAAAGGCAGUACAAUUUAAAGGGCAUUUUCUGUCUCUUGGAAAAACGAGGUGCUUCCCCAGAAUCCAGCCUCCAAACCUGGCCACUGCGUUGCUGGAGUCCAGCACUCGUUUCAGACUCGCCCCGGAGGUAUUUCUUGCUCUCGGCCGCGGCAGGAGUUGGGAUGGCCAUCGUCACCGGAACAGAGCCCGCCUUGUGCUGGGACCGUCUUAGGGCGCUCUGUGCCCCCCUCCCCUUCCCCCUCCCCCUCCUCCCCCACCACUAAUAAUAGCCCCUCCGAGGCUGGACACAUGCCAUCAAUUACAGCUUUAAUUCCCGCGAGCGUGCUGACGCUUCCACGAAUACGUGGCGCGUUUCCUGGGUCCGACUCUGGCCGUCUAGCGUUUCACCAGAUAACGCCCCUGUCUCCGGGAAUGUCACGCAAUUACGCAGUUGUCCAUGCCGUUCUCCGUCCUUCCUCUCUCCGUCACGUCUUGAGCCACCGGCUGUCCGCUUCUGGGCAACAGCUGCUUCAAUAACCGCGCUACCAGUUUACCACGGACAGCCAACUACUGCAAAAUAACUUCGGGUCCCCGGUUUUCUUAUCGUCUUCUGUCCUCUCGCCACUCCUUUUUUUUAUCACUGCUGUCCACGCCACUCUCCAUUUAACAAAAAUACAUCUUCAUUUUUAAUUCGUGGGGACGCUGCGAGAGUGGCUGACAGCGUAAAUUAAUUAUGUCACCAGAUAAUAAAGCCACAAUGCUUCCCUUCUUUCUGCUUGUUCUCGUGUUUUCGCCUUUAAUAAAGUAAUUAGCGUUCCAACUAGUGAUAAUGCUGUCACAACAGAACGUCAACCUCCAAAUUUAUACGGCCUGCAUCGUCUCUGUUGUUCGUGUAGCCCAGGAAUUUUUUCCAGAAAAAUGCUACACCAGCAUAUGGCUUGUGUAAUUAUCGACUUU